UGGAUAUUACUCUACCCUGUCUGUACCGGAAGUUUGGAAGGCGGAAAACAUGGCUGCCGUGGCAAGCUUGGUUUCUUUUCCCAGGAUUUCGGGGAGAUUUUAUCAUCUCUUCGCCUCUGUAAGAAACGGAGUCUGUGCGUCUGGCUCGGGCAGAUCAUGGAAACGAGAGAGUAGUUCAUACAGUGAGCAGGAAUCUAAUCAGGCAGAUAUGCCUGUACCAAUGGAAAAUCCCUAUCAGGAUCCUCCUAAAAAGUGUAUCUUAUGCGGUGUAACUGUUGACUACAAGAAUACACAGCUUUUAUCACAGUUUAUUUCUCCAUACACUGGUCACAUAUUUGGCCAGCAUAUAACAGGCUUAUGUAGGAUGAAACAGAAUGAAAUUGCAAAAGCCAUUAAAAGAGCCCACGCAACGGGAUUUAUGUCGGUUAUGUAUAAGGAACCAGUGUUUCGCAGCGACCCCAAAAUAUGUAAUAUUAAAUAUCCAGAAUAAAUUGUAUCAAUCAUGCUUAAUCUAUUUUUGUAAUUGGACUGUGUUCAUUACUAUAAUAAACAAGCCAUCAAUAUCU